CUCGCGUUCUAAACUCCGAGGAGGAGAUGGAAGAUGAAACCCGGUUGGUUUGAGAAGCAGCUGAUAGUGUAGGAGUCCAGAGCUUCCAGGCAUCUCUUCUGAUACUCGGGAAAGAAAUUGUCAGCAUCGAGUGGGAGGUACCUCCAGGGCGCAAAUCUUGAGCGCUUGUGGGCAAAGUUAUCUUUUGAUGGUAAAAGUCCCAUUUGUGCAGUCCCAGCUUCCCUUCCAGCUGUCAACGGAGUACAAGUGUGCCAGACACUUCUCAGGCUGCCCUGCAAGCUAAACGCGCGUUCGGGGGUGCAUCUUUUUUCAUCAUUCUAAGCAGCAGUAAAUGGGAAUCCCAGCGAUCCUAGAAAAUCUCGUUGUAUUGAGCCCUGUCUGAUUUUUGUAUUACAUGCCACAAUUCAAACAUACUCAAAAACUUUUCAGUCCUCUCUUGACCGGUAGUUAGGAAAAACAUCGCUUAUUAUUCAUUGAAAUGCAGCCGCAGUAUCCACAGCUUCUUCGAAGACCCUUACCUCCCCAAAUCUCUAGUGAGUCUUCAUAUAAGAGGAAAAUCCACAGAGCCAAGACUGAUAAAACCAAGCCACUUCAUGUAAGGCUUACCGAUACUGAAGAUGGAACCUCUUCAAUUAAAAGAGAUGAAACCAGUACUGACAUUGUUUCAAGAACCCAACCACAAGCACUUGUGCAUAUCCAAAAUAUCUUUCUUGAUUAUCCCGAACCAGAAAAAGUGACUCCUAUUUCACUUGUCUACAAAUCUACUAAAAAUGCCUCUUCAUGCAUUCCAGAUACUGUUACUGCUCCUAUGUUUUUUCCAAGUCAUCUUUCUGCACGUACUCAAAUUUUUAGGAAAGAAACACAGCAGAUGAAAAGUUCAAGAAAGUCCCCUACAGCACCUCGCAAAAUAGAAAAUGUUUUUUUUGAUGAAACAUUACAAAACAUUUUAAUUCUUUCUUCAACAUGCUCCAAAUCUGUAAAUGUUCCUUGCCAAAUUAUUGAGACUAAUUUCAAAACUGUGAGUCCUGAGCAUCAACUCUUACCAAAGACUCAAGACUAUCGUGAUAUAUCCCCGCUGAGAACUAUGACAUUGCCAACCCCUCUACCCAGCACUUCAUCCAUCAAAGGAGAAAGUCAGGGGCCUGCACAUUUCCCACAAGGUGUUGAAGUCCUUGGUAAAGUGAUAUUAAACAUUAAUCAAUUUCCAGCUACCAUUUCCUUUCCAAAACCAACUUUACCAAGAAAACCUCGAAGACAGUCUAUAAUAGAAACUCUUGCCACAGAAAAUGAAAAGACAGAAAAUAUACCAAAACCACCUGAAGGUGUCACUAGAAGAAGAAAAAUAGAUUAUUCUGAUGCCGAUGUUUUACAUGGUGAAGGUUUUAGGACUGUAGCAGCAACAGGAUAUGAAACUGUCACAGCCAUGACUGAACUGGCCGUCGUAAACUGCCAAAUGUAUGGAAGAAAUGCACUUAAUCUUAAGGGAUUUUUUAUCAUGAAUUGUCCAGACUUAACACCUUUGGCUUCCCAACUGGUGUAUCUUAAUUUAUCAUUCAAUGAUUUCUGUAACUUUCCCGCAGAAAUAUUUUGUCUUAAAAAUUUACAAGUACUGAAACUGAGAAAUAAUCCUAUCAGAGCAAUUCCUUCUGAUAUUCAACAACUUAAGUUCCUUAGAAUUUUCAGCAUUGCCUUUAAUUUCAUUUCUGAUCUUCCAUUUGGGUUAUUUUCCCUGUCCCAUCUUGAGGACCUUGAUAUUUCCUACAACGAAAUCACUUCUAUUCCAAACGACAUCCAGAGACUCAGAUCACUUGAAAAACUGAAUAUUGAUGGAAAUUAUUUAUUUCACUUGCCACCUGGAAUUUUGAAGCUUAACCUGACAAAAGUCUCCUUUGAGAAUACUUUUACUGAUCAUAGAUUUUGGACAGAGAAUUCUUUGAACAGUCCCCCAAGACUUACUCAAAUUACCUCUUUGUUCAUUGUCAAAAAUAAUCUACAUACAUCUUAUGAUAUACCAGUGAAAAUUCAAAAGUUACUAAAACGCACAUCCAGGUGUGACUGGUGUCAUGGUCCCAAGUUUGGUGAAGGUUUUGGUGUCAUCCGAUCCUGCAAUAUUUUUGGAGCAUUACGCCUUCCUAUUAUGUUUCAUGUCUGUUCUUCUUCCUGUUAUAGAGAAUUAAAAGAAAGCAGUUUUAUUUUUGAAGGUUUUUUGGGCAAAAAAAUAGCUUUUAAUAUGGACUGGGUAAAAGAAAGAAAGCCCAGUGAUGUGUCAUUCCUUCUGUAGAUGCCAAUUAAGUUUAUGUGUUAGUAAUUCGUGUCUUUGAGAGCAUAGGUUCUGAAUGGAAGGUUCCUCAUAUAUGGUUCUCUGUGUAAUCAUAGCUUCUCAUAAAAGCUUAUGAUUGUUAUGAAAUUGUGGCAGAAGAAUUACUCUGGAAGGAUUAGUCACAAGCCUUUUGAUUUCAAUGAAGAUCCAGAAAACUUCUUUCAGAGCCAGUUUACUACAGAAAGACAGCUGUUCAAAUCCUUUGAAAAGGGAUUGUUUCUUAGAUGUGGUCUUUUCACGCAUUUCUAUUAAUUGACAAAGUAGAAUUUCAAAGUCAUCCCUGAGUUUUGUGCUGUAUAUGGCUUCAAAGUCAUGCACCUAUGUCUCGGUAUUUGUGCAU